GGAAAUCGCCCACUGUCUGCGUAUCCCACUCUUCACAACAGCGAACCCCACUCUGCCACUAUACAUUCUGGAGGAGUUAUACUGUAGAAUAGCACAUCCCCCACUUCUGACCAAUCAGCAUAAUAUUGAUAUUUAACCUCAUCGUCUGAGUGAAUGGCAGCUGUGAACUGUGUGAGUACGUUUCGGUUUCAUUCUUAUACCCCUCUGAGGACCCUGAUUGCUCCAAAAUUGCAGCCUCAACAACAAUGACCUCGCAAGCAGUACAAGAGAUAACCGCAACCUUGCAUGCCUACGGAUCGGCGCUGAAGUCACGGGACGUUGGAAAGGCCAUCUCCUUAUACACAAGCGACGGCGUGAUCCUCGCUCCACAUUUCACCGCCAGCGUCGGCACUCAAGCCCUGCGAGACUCUUACACGCGGAUCUUUUCCAGUGUGGCAUUGGAGAUCGAGUUCACCAUCGAGGAAGUUGUGAUUGCUGGGCCGGAAUGGGGCUUCGCGCGCACAACGGCGGAGGGGACCAAGACGAUGCUUGCCACGUCGGAGUCAGAGCCGCAUUUGAAUCAGGAGUUGUUCAUCAUGAGGAAGGAGGAUGGGCAGUGGAAGAUUGCGAGAUAUGCGUUCUCGAGUAUGAAGCCACUGAUACAAAACGGGGUGAGGAGAAGUUGAUGUGGGAUGAUAUCGGAAUAUGAUUGAUAUCCAGUCGUAACAUGAAAGCACUCUGGUAGUUCAAAGAUAAUUCAAGGG